AUGGCGACAUCUACGGAAGAUGACAAUAGAGAGUCAAAGAAAAAGAAGAUUGAUGGGAACAAGGAUGUGGAUCCUCAGCUAUGGCAUGCUGUUGCUGGAAUAACUGUGCAAAUUCCAGAACUUAACUCUAACAUCUUCUACUUCCCUCAGGGUCACGCCGAGCAUGCAUAUGAACCUGUCAAUUUUCCUGCUGACAUCAAAAUUCCAUCCGAAAUUCCAUGUAGAGUUGCAGCUAUCCAUUACAGAGCUGAUCUUGACACAGAUGAGGUGUAUGCAAAACUCAGGCUUGUUCCGCUGCAUAUCAGCGAAGUUAGUUUUGAUGACGAUGAUGUUACUCGCAUUGAUGACAUGUCUGAAACUAAGAAUAAAUAUCAGUUUUACACGAAAACCUUGACACAAUCAGAUAUAAAUGGUGGUGGACUCUCUUGUCCUAGGUAUUGUGCAGAAACACUUUUUCCUCCAUUAGACUAUUCAGGUACCCCUCCUUCUCAAAAGAUUUAUCCAACGGAUUUCCAUGGCGAAACAUGGGAAUUCAAACAUGUUUAUAGGGGCAUGCCGAAGCGGCAUCUGUUAUCAACUGGGUGGAGAGUUUUUGUAACUAACAAGCUACUUGUUUCGGGGGAUUCACUUGUGUUUGCGAGAGCUGAAAACAGUGAUCUUCAUAUUGGAAUUCUAAGGUCUAAAAGACUAAACGACUUUGGAUUUAACCCUUCAUCAAAAAGCAAACCUGGUAAUGAAAUUGGAAUUCGUCUUGUACCACCACACGGAGAACUUAAGUCGUCUUCCGGAGAGAAAGAUGAUAAACCUCAAAAAAAUGAAUUGAGUAUAAGUGAUAAGGUGAUGGGAAUUGGAAAAGUGAAGGCUGAAGAUGUUAUUGAAGCAGUAAAACUUGGUGUCAAUAUGCAACCGUUUGAUGUGGUUUACUAUCCUCGGGUUGGUACUCCCGAGUUUUUUGUGAAAACCUCUUUAAUUAGAACAGUACUUCAGAUUAGGUGGUAUUCUGGAAUGAGGUUCAAGAUGGCCUUUGAAUCUGAAGACUCGUCAAAGAUAAAUUGGUUUAUGGGAACAAUUGCUUCUCUUCAUACUGCUGAUCCAGCAUGGCCCAACUCUCUUUGGAGACUUCUCCAGGUUACAUGGGAUAAACCUGAUUUACUUAAAAAUACGAAAAGGGUGAAUCCGUGGCAAGUGGAAAUACCUUUGAACACGCCUUCAAUCCCUUUUUCCUGUUUCUUGCCACCAUCAAGGAAGAAACUGAGAUUGCUUGAGUAUCAAGCUUUCCCCACUGAUGACCAAUUUUCAAUGCCAACUUUUCCAAACUACUUUCAAACUCCAAAUAUUCCAAGUCUUCAUUUACCAGAAACUAAUCCUGCUGGUAUGCAGGGAGCCAGGCGUGAUCCUUUCUGUCUCUCUUUAUCAGACUUUCACAUCAAUAAGUCUCCAUUAGGUCUCUUUAAGCCUAAUUUACAACAACCAUUUGAUCAUAAUGCUACAACAUCGAUGACGGUCCGAAGUAACGCUGUGUUGCAAAAGGCGAACGAAAGUGAGAAUGUUCCGUGCUCACCAUCAGAGAAACAGGAUCAUGCAAACCCGGCCCAGAUUGUGCUUUUUGGCCAAACCAUAAGGGUUGACGCAGGAAAUGAAAAUGCUGUGAAUAAAAUCACUAAUAGUUUUUCUAAUCUUCUACAAGACCCGCCAAAACAAUCCUCUGGUGAGAGGCUCGAAUGUGAUCCCGAGAACCAAUGCAUAAAAGAAACUUUGGCAGGAGAAACAUAG